GCUGGAAGUCGGCACCAACGCGGCUUCUCUUGGUGCAUCGAAUCCUUCCAGUGAGUCUGUCUUGGCUCUGUUCUGCAUCUUCUUUUGUAAGGCGGUAGACUGCAAAGGGGAAAGCAGCUGAAAAGAGAAAAGGAAAAUCAUUGCCGUUUCCUCGCAGGCGGAGAGGCGAAUACACAUAGGUUUGCCCUCGUGAGCGCAACGCGCUUGCCUGCUCGAGAAUUGGUUGAUUCCUGUUGUUUGCUCAUGCGCUGCUUGUUCUUCCUAGCAGCUUCUCCACAAACACCAAAAACUGUAUUUCCUCCGAUAUAUAUUUUGUGAGGGACAACGAGAAUAAUCUUUAAUAAUAAGACGCCCGGACACUUCAGAAGGGAGAACCGAUCACACCCGCAGUACAGACGCACGCCCGCCUAACGGCAGCUUCCUCUUGAUUGUGUGCUUUUCCUGCUCGUCAUCCGCAUGUAACGACACUAAUCGUACUCUAGUGUUGCACUUAUUGAUUUAUUCGGCUAUAGUGUCGAGCUCGUGGGGCCGCCGCCUCGUAUUAACUCGGUCUGAUUGAGAGUAGCUGGUGGCUAUUAUCUUUUGUUGUGUGUGUGUGCUGCAGCGUCGAUUCACUCCUUUGCCUUCCUGCUAUCAGUGAUAUCCUCUGCUGUUUAGCGUAAACAGAGGCAAAGAUGCAGUCGGAGGAGCCACGCAAGUACGACUCGCCGUUUGCGGAGCGCUUAGCAAAACCGAAGCAAACGCCCUCGCAGGCACGCUGCGCCGCAGGCGAAGGAGAGACGGAUGUGGAGCGGCAGCGGAGUGCCGCGCUGGACGAGCAAGAUGCCUUUUACCAGCGCCUCACUGAGCUGUGGGGGCCGCGGGAGCCCUACGUCGAGUGCGACGAGGACCGCGCGUCCUUCUUCGCACGGAUGUGGUACACCUUCAUCUACCCUAGCGUGCUGCUCGCGUCGAAGGAGAAUUUGGCCAACGGCCAGCUGCCGCCACCCACAAAGGACGUGCGAACACACGAAUGUGGUCACCUGCUUUCACGGGGUGUACAGCGUGCCCUGAAUGACCGCAACGCGUGGAACUGCAUGGUGGGGACGGCGGUGGUGAGCACACUCGACCCCGUGAGCCGUGGCGUGCUGCGGUGGGUGGGUGUGCCGCAGCAGGGCGGGUACACACGCAUGAUGGCGGGCGUGGAGUGGAGCGUGCCGCCUGCGGUGCGCACGGCUGCCCGCGGCGACGACAGCGCCGUGUCGCCCUUCUUCGACGGCGUGGUGCACGGCGAGCACCUCUUCACGCCGGAGCACAGCGACAUGUCGACGCUGGAGGAGGUGUCGCAGGUGCGUUUGCUCUCGACCAACGGGACGCCGCUGUCGGAGGCGCAGCUGCCCACGCCACGCCGCCUCUCCCUCACUCGCUGCCUCAUCGGUUCUCUGCCUGGCUACUUCUGGUGGCAGUUUAUCUUUAAAUUUGUCGGCGACAUCUGCACCCUCGCGGUCCCGUUUCUGCUGAAGCUGUUUGUCGGCUUCAUUGAAGAGCGCAACAAGAGUUGGCCCUACGGCAUGUUUCUUGUCGUGGCGUUCUUCGUCACGCAGAUGGUGCAGAGCACGAGCCUGCACCGUUUUUAUUACGUCAGCAUUAAAGGUGGGCUGCAGUACCGCUCCGCCCUGAACAGCCUAAUCUUCGAGAAGUGCUUCACCAUCUCCAGUAAGGCACAGGCGCAGCCGGAGAUGAAUACGGGCCGCAUCAUCAACAUGGUCAGCACUGACACGGAGCAGGCAAACCAGUUUCUUCAAUACUGCAUGUACAUCUGGAGUAGUCCGAUGGUGUUUCUCGUCUCCAUUGUCUUCCUCAGCCGCUUAGUCGGUUGGUGCUCUCUCAUGGCGCUCGUGGCGCUGUUGAUGACGCUGCCCGUCAACGCGUGGAUCAUGAAGUGGCAGAUGACUGCGCGGCAGAAGCUGGUGAAGGCGACCGAUGCUCGCGUAAAGGCCACCAACGAGUUCUUCUCCGGCAUCCGUAUCGCGAAGUUCAUGACGUGGGAGCCGCGCUUUAUCGCCAACAUCGAGGCAAAGCGCGCAAACGAGGUGUCCUACUUGAAACAGGUGCAGUACAGUAGCGUCUGCGUCUCCUUCAUCGCGAUGGCCACUCCGCAGAUUAUGAUUGCGGCCGUAUUCAUCGUGUAUUACUUCCUUGGGCACGAGCUCACGGCCACUAUUGUCUACCCCACGAUUUCGCUGCUCGGCAUUAUUCGCAUGCCCUUUAACAUGCUGCCGUUCGUCUUCACGGUCACGGUGCAGUACGUUGUUGCCAUUGCGCGUAUCAGCAAGUUUCUCGAGUGCGACAACGCGGCGUGCUCCACCGUGCAGGACAUCGAGGACUACUUCAAGGAACAGCACGAGCACACAACGGCGUGCCAGCUUGCCGCGGUGCUCGAGAACGUGGACGUGACGGCGUACGUGCCGGUGAAGCUGCCGUUCGCCCCGAAGAUCAAGACACCGCUGAUCCCUCGCAUGCUGCGCAUGAUGUGCUGCGGGAAGUGCAAACCGACGAGGCGCCACCCCGCGCCAGCGGAUGUGGUGGAGGGGGAGGCCCGAAUAGGGUCUCCAGCAGGUUCACCGGGUGGAGGAGAGGAGGGGAGAGGCGCACCAAACAUGAACGCGGAAGAGUAUUUCGAACUCGAAAACAAGGUGCUGCUCCGCGACGUCUCGGUCGCGGUGCCGAAGGGGAAGCUGACGCUGGUGCUUGGCGCGACGGGCAGCGGCAAGUCGACGCUGCUGCAGUCGCUGCUGUCGCAGUUCGAGCUGACGCAGGGCCGGAUCUGGACGGAGAAGAGCAUCGCGUACGUGCCGCAGCAGCCGUGGAUCAUGAACGCGACGGUGCGCGGCAACAUCCUGUUCUUCGACGAGGAGGAGGAGAGCCGGCUGGGCGAGGCGAUCCGCGUGAGCCAGCUGCAGACGGACUUGCAGCUGCUGGGCUCGGGCCUCGAGACGGAGAUCGGCGAGAAGGGUGUGAACCUGAGCGGUGGGCAGAAGGCGCGCGUGAGCCUUGCGCGUGCUGUGUACGCCAACCGCGAGGUGUACCUGCUGGACGACCCGCUGUCUGCGCUGGACGCGCACGUUGGGGAGCGCGUUGUGGACGACUGCUUCCUCGGCGCUUUGGCCGGGAAGACGCGUGUGCUGGCGACGCACCAGAUGCACGUUGUGCCCAAGGCGGACUACGUCAUUGCGCUGGGGCACGGCAGCGUGGAGUUCAGCGGGAGCAGCGCGGACUUCAUGCGCAGUCCAGUGCACUCACAGAUGGUUGCUGCGGAGGCGGAGGACGAAGCCGCGAACAAAGGUAAGACUGCACCGGCAGAUGAGGUAGAGGUGGCGGAGGCGUCAACGGUGGCCGCUGUUGGAGCGGCGACAGCGAGCAGCAUGGCGGAGGACACGGCCUCCGAACUGGGCAGCACGCACAGCACGCUGCAUACGGCCAAGACAGGAGACAAGGAAGGAGAGACGGAGGAGGCGGAGGCGGUGGUGGUGACGAAAGCACCGGAAAUGGCCGCCCACCUUAUGACGAAAGAGGAGAAGGCGUCAGGCACCGUCCCGUGGUCCACCUACCUCGAGUACUUCCACUUCUGCGGCGGUCGGUUGUGGAUGACAGUAAUCCUGGCGAUGUUCGUCGUGACGGAGUUCUGUACCGUCGCGGCCCCGCUGUGGCUCUCGCUCUGGACGGCGAAGCGCUUUCGCAUUGCAGACUCCGCGUACAUGUGGGUGUACCUCGGCUGCGUGUUGCUGGGGACGCUGACGGUGCCCACGCGCUUCACCUUUUCUUUCGAGGCCAUGCGGCGCGGUACGGUGGCGAUGCACCACAUCAUGCUGCACAGCGUGUCGCGGGGCACGAUGGAGUUCUUCGACACCACCCCCCUCGGCCGCAUUUUGAAUCGCUUCUCCCGUGACGUGGACGUCGCGGACAACAACCUGCCCAUUUCGAUGCUGCAGGUCAUGAACUGCCUCUUUGCGCUUCUCUCCUCCACGAUCAUCACCUUCAGCACCCAGCCGCUCGUGCUGCUGGCCCUCGUGCCAUGUGCGUACAUUUACUGUCGCAUUAUGGUGUUUUACAACGCCGCAAACCGAGAAAUUCGCCGCACGAGCAGUGUGGUGAAGUCGCCGCUCUUUUCGCUGCUGGGGGAGGUUCUGACGGGCAGCGCGACCAUCUCCGCCUACGGCCGGACGACGGUCGUGAUGAAGGAGGCCCUUCAACGGCUCGACCUCGUGUUCUCCUGUUCCUUGCUCGAGAACGCUGCCAAUCGCUGGUUGGGUGUACGGGUAGAGCUGCUGAGCAACUGCGUGGUGACCGUCAUUGUGCUGUUUGGUGUCUUGCGCACCCUCAUUGGAGGCACGGAGGACUACUGGGUAGCGCUCGUGUCCUUGUCGCUAACGAUGUCGACGCAGAGCACGGCAAUCAUGAACUGGCUGGUGCGGCAGGUCGCCAGCGCAGAAGCGGACAUGAACAGCGUCGAGCGCAUUCUCUACUACACUCGCGAGACACCCCAGGAAAGCAUGCCUGACCUUGAGGGUGAAGUGGCGGCCUUGGAGAAGAAGGUGCAUGGGUCCGUAGAUGCCACCGGCACGGUGGUGAUUGAGUCCGUCAGCCCCACCGCUGCCGCACCGCACGUCGUGAGGGCCGGCGCGCUCACCUUGGACCACGUGCAGAUGCGGUACCGCGAGGGGCUGCCGCUUGUGCUGCGCGACGUGAGCUUCUCCAUCGCGCCGCGCGAGAAGGUGGGCGUUGUGGGCCGCACGGGGAGCGGGAAGUCGACGCUGCUGCUGACGUUCAUGCGGAUGGUGGACAUCUGCGGCGGCGAGAUCCGCGUGGACGGGCGCGCGCUGGGGUCGUACGGGCUGCGCGAGCUGCGGCGGCACUUCUCGAUGAUCCCGCAGGACCCCGUGCUGUUCGACGGGACGGUGCGGCUGAACGUGGACCCGUUCCUGGAGGCGUCGUCCGCGGAGGUGUGGCACGCGCUGGAGCUGGUGGGGCUGCGCGAGCGCGUUGCGUCGGAGACGGAGGGGAUCGACGGGCGCGUGCUGGAGGGCGGGUCGAACUUCAGCGUUGGGCAGCGGCAGUUGAUGUGCAUGGCGCGCGCGCUGCUGAAGAAGGGCAGCGGGUUCAUCCUGAUGGACGAGGCGACGGCGAACAUCGACCCCGCGCUUGACCGGCAGAUCCAGACGACGGUGAUGAGCGCGUUCGCCGAGUACACGGUGAUCACGAUUGCGCACCGGCUGCACACGGUGGCGCAGUACGACAAGAUCAUCGUGAUGGACCACGGCGUGGUGGCGGAGAUGGGCAGCCCGCGCGAGCUGGUGAUGGACCGGCAGUCGGUCUUCCGUGGGAUGGUGGAGGCGAUGGGCCGCAGCGAAGCGGCGCGUGUGAUGCACGUGAUGCUUGGCAAUGGAUGCACGUAG